CUACUGUAGUUUGUUGUUAUUAAUAUCUGUUGUUUCUUGUACCUCGAUUAUAUAUCGUAUUGUUUUGUUCUAGUUUUUGUAUUAUUACUAUCUGUUGUUUCUUGUAUCUCAAUUAUAUAUCGUAUCAUUUUGUUCUAGUUUUUGUUUUGUUACUUUCUUGUAUCUCAAUUAUAUAUCGUAUCAUUUUGUUCUAGUUUCUGUUUUGUUACUAUCUGUUGUUUCUUGGAUCUCAAUUAUAUAUCCUAUUGUUUUGUUCUAGUUUCUAUUUUGUUUACUGUCUGUUGUUUUUGUUAUUACUAUGUACUUCCGUUACUUCUUUUUCAGAAAUGCUUUGGACUUUUUUUUUGGAAAUAGCCUAUCUACCUCUGAGGUAGGGGUAAUGUAUGCGUACCCUCCCCAAACUCCACUUUGUGGAACUACAUUGGGUAUGAGAGGUUUUGAUUGUCUCAAGGGGAUUAAACAUUACUAUGCUUACAUAUAAAAAAUAAUUUUGGCUUUGUAUACAUGUAUGGUGCUAUUUUUCGGGGAGGGGGUGGAUCGGAUGAACCCCUUUGCGUCCCAUUAGUUCUACCCCUGACUCGUAGUAUGGUAAGAGAGAGGUUUUUUGGGUUUAAUAACAGUAGUGUCUAGGUUAGCAGCUGCGGAAAUCUCAACUAAUCAACUUUAUACCGGUAAUCGAUCCUGUCAAUUAAGGCUUAGGUAGAUGAAAUGAAUUCGUCAUUUCAUCUGAUCCGUGAGGUUGUUAUUUCAAACUCUUGUCCUAUUAGUCUAUAUGUACCUUCGUUUGAAAUAGUGUUCUUUUUUCUUCUCCCCGAAAGGAUUCUAAAGGAGAAAAGGUUAGAAACAUUGGACUUAAGUGAUGGGAGAUGCUUGUAAGUAUGCAGUUGUUACAGGAGCAAACAAGGGAAUUGGCUUUGAGACUGUUAAGCAGCUCGCCAAUUCAGGUGUAACAGUUGUCUUAACUGCCAGAGAUGAAAAGAGAGGAACUGAAGCAACAUCCUUGCUGAAUGAACAAGGAUUUUCAAAUGUUGUGUUUCAUCAGCUUGAUGUUCAAAAUGCUCAGAGCAUUGAUUCCUUAGCAAAGUUCAUACAAAAACAAUAUGGGAGGCUUGAUAUUCUGGUAAAUAAUGCUGGAGCUUCUGGAGUUGUACCUAAUGAAGAUGUCCUAAGGGCCAUGAACAUAGAUCUUGUAGACUGGUUACCAGGGAAAACUUUCGAUGACAUUCAAGCUGUGAUGAAAACAACGUACAAGCAAGCCAAAUUAUGCUUGGACACUAAUUACUAUGGUGUUAAGAAUGUUACUGAAGCUCUUCUUCCAUUGCUGCAAAAUUCCCCUUCACCAAGGAUUGUUAAUGUCUCCUCCCGUAAAGGUGCUUUAAAUCGAAUGCCAAACGAGGAGAGGAGAAAGGAGCUCGGAGAUAUUGUAAACCUGACAGAAGAAAAAAUCGACGAGAUUCUGCAGAAUUUUUUGCAUGAUCUGAAACAAGAUGCUCUCGAGGUGAACGGUUGGCAGAUGAGUGGACCAGUCUAUAGCAUAUCAAAACUAUUACUUAAUGCUUACACCAGAGUUCUUGCAAGAAAGUACCUGAAAAUGUGUAUUAAUUGUGUCCAUCCUGGUUUCGUCAACACAGAUAUAACCUGGCAUACAGGAACAAUGCCUGUUGAGGAAGGAGCUGAAGGACCUGUCAUGCUAGCUCUUUUGCCUGAUGGAGGACCUACUGGUUGCUACUUUGAUCGUACAGUAGUCUCCGAGUUUUAGAUAUAACAAUAACUAUGCCUCAGUUCCAAACAAGUUGGUAAGGUUUAGUGAAAGAAAAGUUUCUUUUAGCAUCUCUUGAUAUUUGGUUAAAUUUCUGAGCCUGGUUGGUGUCCAGACGUUGAAAUGACGAGGGGAGGGAAGGAUUAUACUGAUCAUUCCUCCAUUCUUAGACAUCAUUUGUGGAACUACACUGGCUAUAUGGUUCUUUUUCCUGCUUGAUA